UAUGACACGACACCAACCAUACUCGACCGACAGACGAACGAACGGUUCACAUAUUUACGGUUCCUUCCUACUUUGCCAGUACGUUGUCGGUUCUGUGAUCACAGUUUUUAUUAAUGAAUGGGGUAUUUUGUAGGUCAUAUAUUAAAGGUGAUAUAAAAAAAGGUACCCAACAUCCACAAUGGGGUUCAUAUUUAAUUUGAUUAAGAGAUUAUUUACAAUAACCAUAAAGACUGUUUUCUUUUUGGUUCUUUUAUCUGCCGUCAUUGUUCUGAUCCCCAACUUCCCGCCAUACACAAAGUUCACCAGCAUUGAGAUUCAAUCUCCACAACCAAGAGUUGGUCCACUAGCAACCAAUGGGGCCUUAAACAAUGGUGGGAAACUGUACUCUGGUAAACUAUUGGGACCUGAAGCUUUCCAGUUAUACAAAGGAGAAGUAUACACCGGCUUGGCUACAGGAGAGAUUGUGAAACUGACACCACAAGGCCAUGUUACAUUUGUCACCAAAAUUGGGGAACCAUGCAGUGGACUUGCUUAUGAACACAUUUGUGGCCGACCACUUGGCUUUGUCAUUGAUAAAGAUGGAAACUUAUAUGUAGCCGAUGCAUACUAUGGUAUUUGGAAGGUAAACGUGAACACAAACAAGAAACAACUCCUGGUGUCUCCAAGAGUUUCCAUACAGGACCGUCUGCCUAAACUAUUUAACUCAGUUGCCUUGGCUAAGAAUGGAGAUUUAUACUGGACUGACUCCAGCAGUGAUUUCGAACUAAAAGAUGGAGUAAUUAGCUCCAUGUGUGAUCCUUCAGGAAGAUUAUUCCAUUAUGAUGCUGCUAAAAACCAAAGUAAAGUACUUUUGGACGACUUGUGGUUUGCAAAUGGUGUGGUUGUGUCACCCAAUAAUGAUUUUGUUGUUGUCUGCGAGACAUUCCGUAGCAGAUUGAUGAAAUACUAUCUCAGUGGACCCAAAAAAGGACAGUCUGAAGUAUUUGCAGAUGGACUGCCAGGCACCCCCGACAACGCGCGCCCUCUACCGGACGGGUCUGGUAUCCUGGUUGCGCUGUACACUGUAUUCGAAGAGGACCGACCACCCCUAACAAAAUUGAUGGCGGCCGCGCCAUUGUUUAGGAAGUUGGUAGCGCGUCUUCACAGACUUGUCGAGAUACCGUUCGAAUAUCUUAACAGCCUUUCUCCAAACAUCAUCUUUGAAGAAAUCUUAUAUAACAUUGGACACUUCAAAACUUUGUCUGGUUUAACUCCACCAAUGGCUGGGCUUGUACAAUUAGAUUGGAAUGGAAAUGUUGUGGCUGCAUAUUACAACACAGACAAAUCUUUGGGCCACAUCAGUGACGCCAUUGUGUUCAAUGGUAAGCUUUACAUGGGUAGUCCUCAUUUACAAGACUAUGUCGGAGCAGUACCUGCUCCUCCUCAAUUGAAGAAAGCAUUCGAAUCAUCCAAACAAACCGAAAGUCCUAAAGUUGAGACAAAGCCCGUUCAACAACCACCUGUAAAAAAGACUGAAGAGAAACCUAAAGCUGCCCCUAAACCUCAAGAGCCCAAGCCCACGACCACACCGCCGCCUAAGCCUGCUGAAAAGAAAACUACACCACCACCUAAGCCUGCUGAAAAGACUACUCCUCCACCAACUAAGCCAGUUGAGAAGACUACUCCUCCACCACCUAAGCCAGUUGAGAAGACUACUCCUCCACCACCUAAGCCUGUCGAAAAGACUACUCCUCCACCGCCAAAACCUGUCGAAAAGACUACUCCUCCUCCACCCAAACCUGCAGAGAAGACACCUCCACCCAAACCUGCACAGAAGACUCCCCCACCACCACCGAAACCUGCCGAGAAGACACCCCCUCCACCUCCCAAGCCUGUCGAGAAAACUCCUCCAAAACCUGUAGAGAAGGUUACUCCGCCACCACCGAAACCUGCAGAAAAGGUUACACCUCCACCACCAAAGGUUGCUGAGAAGACUACUCCUCCUCCGCCAAAACCUGCGGCAAAGGCUUCUCCACCCCCCAAGGCUGCGGAGAAACCUUCCCCGCCACCACCAAAACCGGCACCAAAGGCAGCCGAGAAACCUUCCUCACCACCACCUAAAGCCGCCGAACCUAAAAAAGAAGAACCCAAGGUUCAAACUGCUGAACCUAAACCCAAACCAAUAAAGGAGGAGAUCCCGUCAGACACCAUCAAACCAACUAAAGAAACUUUAAAAGUCAUAAAGAAGGAUGGUCCUGCUGAAAUCCAUGUGCCUGCGCAGUGAGUUACAUAUGGUUGUGGUAAUUUAAUUUAAAUGUAACAGAUUAAAGAUCUCUCAGUAAGGAACAAAACAUAUGUGGGAACUUAAAGCAUUGGGUGGGGUUAAUAAUAAUAAUUAAUUACUGUUCUAAAAUAUUAAGAAGAUCUGCAAGUUGCAUUUAUUUACUCGUGUAAAGUACGUUUGUGUACAAUAAUUCUUUCCCUUGGUAACAAAACACACGUUACUUAGAAAAUUUACUCUUCACUAUGUAGUAAAAUAAUUUUCUAUCUUUGUCUAUAAGGGUGGGAUCAAUAGAGUGAGCUCCUCUUUAAGUUUCAUGAAAAAUUACGAUAUUUUUCUAAAGCAGUUGUUGAGCUGCACUCGUAUGGUCCCACCAGUUACUAUUACUACACUACGCCACUAGAUCUAGGCCCGUAGGCGAAUAGUUGCACUGAUUUAUUAGCUAGUUCACAUUCCUUUCCAUUCCAACCUUUAUUCUUAAUUAUGUAAUGUUGAGUAUUUGUAUUAUGCUAGACUUUUUAUAACCCUUGUUAUUUAACUUCGAACGAAUGAGGUUCUUCAAUGUCGGAAUCCAUUUUAUAAUUGUGAUAUGUGUGAUUUGUUAACAUUUAUUGGACCAAUUUAUUAAUGAUAAAAAUAAUAAUUCUACAUCACAUUAAAUCUUCUGCUGCCGAUUGAAUUGAUAAUAUAUGCGUACAUACAUAUUAUAUUAUUUUAAGGAAACUUGAAAGAAAUAAUAUAGCAAUGUUUAGUGCAAAAUUGUUGUACAUGUACCUAUUGUAAUACCUCACUUGUUACAUGUUGUACAGAUAUCGUUACUCGUAUUGUUAGUUACCAGUCACCAAUUAGUGCAAUUAUAAAUGUUUAUUUCAAAUUAUUUACUACAGAUAUUUAUAUUGUUGUUAUGUCAGUCAACACUUUAUUGGAGCGAAAUUACAAUAUUAUAUUAGAGCCACGAUAAAAUGUUAGCGAAUGGGGUUAUAAUAUAAAAAUAGUGAGUGAAUUAUUAUUUAUUAAAAAGGACAUGUUUCUGAGAAAGUGUCGAACUGUUUUAUUUUGUCAUAAGUAUAAUGCUAUGUUAUGUAAAAUGUUAUACACAGUAACAAGUACACUGGUAAUUUCAUCCAAAAGAAAUACAUAAAAGAGCAAUAUUUGAUGUUUAAGCAAUAAAAUAUAUUUUUAUUACAUUAUGUACAUUUAUAUAUUAAAACAUUAAAAAAAUAAA